CGCUGCAGUUUUUUGGGGAGCUGAGGCGGCCGAGUCAGCCGGCGUCCUGAUCCGCGUGAGCCAGACGGUGAUGCGGUCCUCCACCGUUGCUUUUAUACGUGCCCUCCCGCAACACUGCGACAUCGCCGUCACGGAGGUUGACGCGGUGCAGUCCUCCGCGGUUCAUUUGCCGGGCACAGUGAACAACAAGCUGAGCGUUGUGAUGCUGCACGAAGUUGAGUUGACUGCGUCGACGCUGUUGGUCAGCAACGCCAAUGCGCAUGCAUUGAGGUGUGGCGGGUUUGGUUUUUACUCGAUUGGGACGCUGACGCUGGUGCGUGGCAGCUCUCUUUACACGCGUUACUGCAGCUUCGAUGGCUACACAUACCUGUUCCGCGUGAAUACCCUCAGUGUCCGCGAUCACUCUGUUUUUGCGCUGCUCAACAACACAAUGUUCUCCGGGACAAGCCUUUUGUAUCAGCACUCCCGAUUCAGCGUGUUGGAUCACAGCGUGUUGCGCGUGGUGGGGAACAGCGGCACCGUGUCCAACGCCAUUGUUGCAGACGAAUUGUGGACCGUCCAGCGGUCAAGCUGGUUGGAUUGGCGCGACAACGACGUGGGAGUGGGUGCGUUUUUCGACGACACUGGGUCCGCUUUUGUGAGCAUUGACGGCAGCAGUGUGGUGACGCUGACGGGCUGCAGGAUGGGCUCGACGGGGUUGUCGGUGUCCUUGCUAUUUCGGGCUGACGCCGGCUACCGGUUCGUUGCUGGGUGCCUGACGGUCGCGGGACGGGAAGUGACGACGGCAGCUGAACUGGAGCUUCACGGCAUCACCAACGUGACGACGGUUGCCGUGUGCGGGGAGUGCACGAAGGACGGCGACUGCUUUGUUCCGCUGACGACGGCGGUCAUUGACUGCAAGUGCCAGUGCGCUGCUGGAGGGCACGGCGAUGUGUGCGUCCCGGCGCCUGUGCCUGCUGGCCCGCCGUCACCGCCGUCGCCGCCACUGCGGCCCAUUCCGCCACCGCCGCCGGUUGGUGGGUGCAUCAGCGACAUGGAGUACCCCGCGAUUGCGCAUGCAGUGGGCGGCGGGCUGUCGUGGCUGUGCUACCGCAACGUGACGUUCAGCGGGGGCGGCAUGAGCCUGACGGUGCUGAUUGGGGCGAUGACGGGCGACGUGGUGAAUGUCACGUUAGAUGGAUGCACGUGGAGGGACGGUGCCGUGCUCUUGCUUUUGGGCAACGCUUACGCCGCUGUGGGGUUGCUGAACAUCGUCGUCACCGGCAACACAUUCAGUGACGCGCUGCUCAGACCGGAGGGUGUG